GAGGGAAGCUGUUGGGCCGUGUCUGGCUGCGAGGGGAGGCAUGGAGCGCGCCGCGGGGGCGCGCCUGAGCCCCGGAGUUUCCAAGUGGGACAUCCGACAGAAAAUUUGGGAUUACAUGGAAGCCAGUAACUUAGCUGAUUUCCCAAGACCUGUCCAUCACCGGAUUCCUAAUUUCAAGGGGUCUUUCCUGAUGAACCACUGCAUACGAGAAUGGGAGGUGUUUGAGAAAGCGAGGGAGGUCAAGGUGGACCCCGACAAACCUCUGGAGGGAGUCCGGCUGGCUGCGCUCCAGGCUGGGAAAACACUCCUGGUGCCGACGCCGCGGCUGCGAACGGGGCUCUUCAACCGGAUCGUCCCUCCCCCGGGGGCAGCCAAAGACACCCUGAGAAAAUGUGCUACCUCGCAGGGUGUCAGGGACUAUAGCGUACCCGUAGGGCUGGAUGCAAAUGUGCUGGUGGACCUGGUGGUGGUGGGAUCCGUGGCCGUUUCUGAGAAAGGCUGGCGAAUCGGGAAAGGGGAAGGCUUUGCGGACAUGGAAUACGCCAUGAUGGUCUCCAUGGGAGCUGUGAGAGAGGACACAGUCGUCGUCACGGCCGUUCACGACUGCCAGGUAGUGGACAUACCAGAAGAGCUACUGGGUGAACACGACCUGACCGUGGACUACAUCCUCACCCCGACAAGAGUGGUCCGGACUGGCUGCAUGCGCCCAAAGCCCCAGGGGAUCCUGUGGCACAAGGUCAGUCACAGAACGAUGGAGAAGAUCCCGAUCCUCCAGAGCCUUCGUUGCAGAGAGGAACAGGCCGGCAAAGACGUCACCCUCCAAGAGGAACAGACAGAUGUUCCAGCUGUUGCUGCACCGGCAAGAAGAUCCAGGGACGUCCGGCCCGGAAGUCCCACGUUGCCGAAGGAGUCUGGCCUGUGCCAAGCUAGCCCUAGGGAUGAGUCUGGGCCCGCUAGCUCAGACCGUCUCCGCGAACUCUCCAGUCUGUUUGUGGGGAACAUCCCUCCGGCGACCAGAGUGAGCAAAUUCAAGGCUGUCCUCCGGGAGUUCCGCGCCACCCCUGCACAGCUCACCUGGCAGGGGGCGCAGCGCCGAGCUUUCCUCCAUUACAGGGAUAAAACGGAGGCUGAAGUCGCUGCAGCGGCGUUGCAAGGUCUGAGCCUCCAGGGUUGCGCCCUGAGAGUCGAACCCGCCAAGGCCCAAGGCCACAAAAUGGCCAGUGGACCCUGAAGCGCAGGUCAGAGAAGCAGCCCGAUUCUUGGUGUGGCUGCCACGGGCAGGUUUGUACGGGCAGGUUUCCUCUGCAAGGAUGCAUCAGUGCAGGGGUCCCAUCAAGAACUCCCAUGCAAACAUUUGUGUAGAAGAAAG